AUGAGUAAAAGUAAAGGUGAAAAGAGGAAAUAUGAUGAGGGCUCACUUUCACAACUGAAUAAUUUUUCAGAAGUUGAGAAAGUGAACUCAAAUGGUAAUAACGAAGUCAAAAAUAAGAAAGAGAAGCAAGAGAAAAAUGAAAGUGAGGAAAGAAAGAUCAAGAAGGUAAAGAAAGAGAAGAAAGAAAAGAAGGAGAAGAAAGAAAAGAAGGAGAAGAAAGAAAAGAAGGAGAAGAAAGAGAAGAAGGAGAAGAAAGAAAAGAAGGAGAAGAAAGAGAAGAAGGAGAAGGAGAGUCUAGACAUAAAUAUCACAGCUAAGCAAAAUGGUCAUGAAUUAAGCACUAAUAAGUCAAGUCAAUUGGUUUACAUACAAUCAAGUGAAUUAACGGGGACUCCUCAGUCUGUAAUUGAUAGCUUUCUUUCAGAGAAUGAGGUUACUGUUGAAGAUGACCGAAAAAUGAACUUACGGCCUAUCUUAUCUUUUGACCACUUGAGCUUGGAUUCAGAAGUAACUAAUGUUGUCGCAAAGUUUCCGAAGCCGACUCCAAUUCAGUCAGUAUCUUGGCCAUAUCUUUUGUGUGGAAGGGAUGUGAUUGGUGUUGCAGAAACCGGAUCAGGAAAGACUUUUGCAUUUGGUGUUCCUGCAAUCAACAAUCUAUUAAGCUUGGAAAAGACAGGAUUAAAGGUUUUAUGUGUUUCUCCUACAAGGGAAUUGGCUUUGCAAAUUUACGACAACCUAGUCGAUCUCACUUCUAAAACUUCACUUAAGUGUGUUGCAGUUUACGGUGGCGUUUCCAAAGACGAGCAAAAGCAUCAAUUGAAGACAGCGAAUGUUGUUGUGGCCACUCCAGGAAGAUUGGUUGACUUACUAAAUGACCGCGCCCUAAGCUUAGAAGGGAUUGAGUAUCUCGUGUUGGAUGAAGCUGAUAGAAUGCUAGAGAAAGGAUUCGAAGAAGACAUUAGAAGAAUUAUUGGUGACACCAACACUGAUAGGCAAACGUUAAUGUUUACGGCAACUUGGCCCAAAGAAGUGAGAGAAUUGGCUGCGACAUUCAUGAAUGAGCCUGUUAAGGUAAGCAUAGGAGAUCGAAAUGAACUUUCAGCAAACAAGCGAAUUACUCAAGUUGUGGAAGUUGUUGAACCUUACGAUAAGGAGAAAAAACUCUUGCAAUUAAUUAGAAAGUAUCAAUCCGGACCAAACAGAGACGACAAAAUACUUAUAUUUGCAUUAUAUAAGAAAGAGGCAGCAAGGAUCGAAUUACUUCUCAAAAGAAAUCUGUUAAACGUAGUAGCUAUUCAUGGUGAUUUGUCGCAACAACAGAGAUCUUCUGCUUUGAACCUGUUUAAGCAAGGGAAAUCAAAUAUCCUCUUAGCUACUGAUGUUGCUGCGAGAGGUCUAGAUAUCCCAAACGUGAAGGUCGUCAUAAAUUUAACUUUCCCGUUAACGGCAGAGGACUACGUUCACAGAAUUGGAAGAACUGGUAGGGCAGGGCAAACGGGAACAUCGCAUACCUUAUUUACAGAGCAUGAGAAACAUUUGAGUGGAGCACUUAUCAAUAUUUUGAGAGGCGCUAACCAACCUGUUCCUGAUGAAUUACUUAAAUUCGGCGGCCAUACCAAGAAGAAAGCUCACUCAGCUUACGGUGCUUUCUACAAAGAUGUGGAUAUGUCAAAAACAGCAAAGAAGAUAAAAUUUGAUUAA